AAUUCAGGGGGAAAAUGCUGUAUUAACACUCCUUCCUAGAAAUUCAUUGCAGACGACGACCAUCAGAGAGAGCGCCAAUGAUUCGCUACGGUCUCUCUCCGAUGUCUCCAUUCUGAAAACUAAACCCUAAUCUUCAUCUGUAGAUAGAUAAAGUUUACAUAUUUCUGUCUGUACAAUCAAUAACCAGUCAAUUCACCUACCAACAAUUUCUAGAGAGAGAGAGAGAGAGGGAGAGAGAGACUCCGAUUCGCAGUUUCUCUGCGAUUCUGCAUUUCAAUCCGCCCAAUUUCUAGAGAUAGUUAUUAGUCAGAGGAAAAAAGCUUUCAUUUCUUUCCCGAUUGAUUGAAUUGUGCAUGUGUAAUACUAUCGGAGAAGAAGCGAAUCGAUCUUCGCUUAUAAUCGGAGAGUAGGUUCUGCAGAAAACAUGUCUGCCGUAGUGUGCGGAAAGAGAUCAUCCUUCUUCGAAGACCUCCCGUCGUCUCCUCCCAAGGCAGUAUCAUCGUCCAAGAGAAUCCGCUGUUCGUCUUCGUCGCCCGUCCGGUUCUCUCCUCCGAGGCCCGCCGCAGCCUCUCCGUUUAGCUUGACGUCGUCGUUUUCGUCUCAUUCGUCGGCCCUUGACCUCCUUUCAGCUCUCUUCCCUGACAUGGACAAACAGCUUCUCGAGAGAGCGCUCAAAGAAUGUGGCGAUGACCUGGAUUUGGCAAUCAGACGUUUGAAUGAACUACGAUUGGGAGCCACCGAAAAUCUGGGCUCAGAUGCAAGCAACUCUCACAUUGCAGAGGAAGAAAAAGUGCAAUCCCAAGCUGCAGGAAUAGGCGGGGUGAAUGCCAAUGGAGAUGUUGCAUCUGCUGGGGAUCCACUGCCUCCGCAGAACCUCCCCAUGGGUGGUGCAGAUUGGGUGGAGCUCUUUGUUAGAGAAAUGAUGAAUGCUUCCAAUAUGGACGAUGCUAGGGCUCGUGCAUCCAGAGCACUUGAGGUCUUGGAGAAGUCUAUUUGUGGACGAGUAACUGCAGAGGCAGCCCAGACCUUCCGUCAGGAAAACAAUAUGCUCAAGGAACAAGUGGAAGCAUUGAUUCACGAGAAUGCUGUUCUUAAACGAGCAGUUUCUAUACAACAUGAGCGCCAAAAAGAGUUUGAGGAUAGGGGUCAGGAGUUGCAUCAUUUGAAGCAGAUGGUAUCUCAGUACCAGGAGCAGCUAAGAACUCUUGAGGUCAACAAUUAUGCUCUGACGAUGCACCUCAAGCAGGCUCAGCAGAGCAACUCCAUUCCGGGGCGUUUCCAUCCCGAUGUCUUCUAAAUUAGCCGCUAUAGAUUACAUGUUUGGUCCAAUGCAUGGAAAACAUGCUGGAGUUCCUCCUUGUGCCUUGCUAAAUCAGUAGCGUUGUAAUAAUAUCCUAAAACCUCAUUACAGUUUGAAUGUAAUAGGUAUUUGGGGAGCGGCCUUCUAGUCGCUCACUCUCAUGCCAAAGGAAUAAGUUAUGGUUAGAUUCAUUGGGAAUCUGUCUUUUGUUUUCGUUUCUGUCCGUCGCAAGAUUGAAUCUCGUAGUCACUAGAAUGGUUGAGAUAUUUUCUGAAUAACAGUAUACAUGUGAUCCAAA